UCCAAUUCUAAACCCAUCUAUCCUGCAUCAAUCAAAUCAAUUAAUCAAUCAAUCAAUCAGUAUCAUCAAUCACCAUGUCCGACUCCAUCCCCUCCGCCCAUCCCGAUGAACAUCAUCAACACCAACACCCCACCAACGCCGAAGACCGCAAAGCCGCCGCCGCCCUCUCCGCCCUCAACCCCAGCCACAUCGCCCCCGACACCCCCAAGUCCUCCUCCACUCCCUCCGCUGCAGACCAGGAAGCUCUGGGUCAGGCAAUGAGUCGCUUGGAGAUCGCCUCGGGACAAACUGGUGGUGCUGGUCGUGGUGGCGUGCAGAAGCCGGUUGAGGCCCAGAAGAGGGUUCCGGUGGAAGGGGCUAAGAAGAAGGCGGUUAAGGUGGCGGUGGAGGAUGUGAAUCUUUUGGUCGAGGAGUUGGAAUUGAAUAAGAGCACUGCGACCGAGUUGUUAAGAUUGCAUGAUGGGAAUGUGGUGGACGCCAUGAGAGCCUUUGUCUCUGUUGGUCCGGGUCUGUGAGUAUACGACUGCGGUAGGUUGAGAGUUGAGCUGGUCUCGCAUCGACAUAUCAUGUCUUAUUGUAAUGAUAAUGAAUUACG